AUUUCUACAAUUGUAUUUGAUUUUUUCCUUUUUCCCUUUCGGGUUUGGAUGUGUUAUUGGUGGGCAGGAAAUGAACCUCCAUUCACAUACAUUGAAAGUACCGGUAAGAGACCAAGCAAUUGGGGAAAACUCAAUCCAGAUUGGACAGCUUGUGGAAGUGGAAAAUUGCAGUCUUCCCAUUGAUGUAACGCGUGGCGAAGCAGUGAAAAUUAAUCAUCAGGGAAAUUUGAAAACUUACUACAAACCAGCUACAGCUGUUCUGAAGAACAGGGGACAUUACGUAAUGGUACAAUUCCGAAUUUCAACUCCAAACAAUCAUAUUCCUUUCAACGGAUCCGUUGUCAUCAUUGAUGUAUUAAUCUCGGUUCUUGUCUGAAUCUUUUUAGGUGACUUGGGAAAAUCAAGUUGCUGGAAAAGGGAACAUAAAUGGAACCGAUUAUAAAUUGAUUCAAUGUCA